ACAGUUUAAAGUACGAGCGCUACAGUGAGGAUCCUUUGCAAUAGUGGGUUUAUACGCCAGUGUUAUUCUCAAAAUCCCAAACGUUCCUUACGUAUAUCUUCAUAUUUGUCAGGGUCUACUUAUUGCAACAUUAACGAUGAAACGACCCGUUUCGGACGUAAUCACUUACCCAGUGAACCUUUUCGUGGGCCAUGAGAGGUUGCAUUGAAAAAUUGGCGCAAAACGAAGAGUCUUGCAACAUUUUUUUGAGUUUCGCCCCUCGUUGUUAUGCAGCCUACUUUUUUUAUUGCAACGAUUUAAUUUUUUGUUAAUACUUCCCAGCCACCAUUAACUUCAGGAUUGCGCACUGUACUCAGUCCAUUUGUGACUUAUUACGGAUCUUGGUGAUUGUAUACGUAACUUACUACGGAUUUUAAAUGCCUGGGAGCACAAAACGUGGCUUAUUUGUAGUUUUUGAGGGCACUGAAAAAUGUGGUAAAAAGACACAAUCAGAGCUCUUACAGGAAGCACUGACUCAAAUCACCGGCAAAUCGGCUUUACUCAUUCAUUUUCCUGACAAUACAACACCAAUUGGAAAUUUAUUGGCUCAGUAUGCAGAUGGAAAAAUUCAACUGGAACCACAUGCAGCUCAUCUUCUGUACAUAGCUAACAGAUGGGAGCAUCAAGAUAAAAUUUCCACUGCUUUAAAGAGCGGCAUUAGUGUUGUUGUGGAUCGUUAUAGCUAUUCAGGUAUUGCUAACACAGCUGCAAAGUUUCAUCCACUCUCAGAGUAUGACUGGAAAUGGUGUCGUGAUAUGGAAUCUGGCUUACUACAACCAGAUUUCAUAUUUUGUCUUGCACCUGAGAAUUUUGCUGAAAUAUCAGUUCGUGAUGGAUUUGGGGAAAAGAAGUUUGAGACACCGGAUUUUCAAAAACAAGUUCUUAUUAACUAUGGUCGUUUGUCUCGUGAAAUGGAGUCAGAGUUGAAUGAGGCUAACGAUGAGACAAAAGAUUGUGAACCACGACUUUGGCACUGGAUACCAGCAACUGGACAAACUGUGGAUGAUAUCCACGCAUGUAUAAUGGCUAUCAUUGAUCCGAAAUUGUAACUAAAGUUUUUAAUAUAAUCUUUUGCACUGAUUC